GCGGGGCGGCAGGGCCCGGAGGGAGCGGAGCCGGUGGGCGCCGAGGGCCCUGCCGGGGACGCCGCGCCAUGAGGGGCCGCCCGCGCUGAGGGGAACCCGGAGGAGGAGCAGCCGCGGCGGCCCGGGCCCAGCGCCAGCCCCGCGGCCUCAUGGAGGCCAGGCCUGGCGCGGGCGGCGCGGAGGCCGGAGAGGUUCCUCUGCUGCUGGCUGAGCUGAAGCCAGGGCGCCCGCACCAAUUUGAUUGGAAGUCCAGUUGUGAGACCUGGAGUGUUGCCUUUUCCCCUGAUGGUUCCUGGUUUGCCUGGUCUCAAGGACACUGUAUUGUCAAGCUGAUUCCAUGGCCCCUUGAGGAACAGUUCGUCCCCAGAGGGUUUGAGCCUAAAAGCCGAAGCAGCAAAACAGAUCCCAAGGGGCGAGGCAGCCCAAAGGAAAAGACGCUGGACUGUGGUCAGAUUGUCUGGGGUUUGGCCUUCAGCCCGUGGCCGUCACCACCCAGUAGAAAGCUCUGGGCACGCGUCUGCCCCCAAGCACUGGAUUUCUCUUGCCUUAUUCUUGCUACAGGACUCAAUGAUGGGCAGAUCAAAAUUUGGGAGGUGCAGACAGGGCGCCUGCUUUUGAAUCUGUGUGGCCACCAGGAUGUGGUGAGAGAUCUGAGCUUCACGCCCAGUGGAAAUUUGAUUUUGGUUUCUGCAUCAAGGGAUAAAACUCUUCGAAUCUGGGACCUAAAUAAAGAUGGCAAACAGAUCCAGGUGCUGUCUGGCCAUGUGCAGUGGGUUUACUGCUGUUCCAUCUCCCCAGACUGCAGCAUGCUGUGUUCUGCAGCAGGAGAGAAGUCCGUUCUUCUCUGGAGCAUGCGGUCCUACACGUUAAUUAGGAAGCUGGAGGGGCAUCAGAGCAGCGUGGUUUCCUGUGACUUCUCCCCUGACUCUGCACUGCUUGUCACUGCUUCCUAUGACACCAGUGUCAUCAUGUGGGAUCCCUAUACUGGAGAGAAACUGAGGACCCUUCAGCAUGUGUUGGACUCUCAGUUGGAUUAUACCCGUGACGUCCACGCCAGCUCGCUGAGAUCAGUGCGCUUCUCCCCGGAAGGCUUGUACCUUGCUACAGUGGCCGAUGACAGACUGCUCAGGAUCUGGGCUUUGGAACUCAGAACUCCAGUUGCAUUUGCUCCUAUGACCAAUGGUCUUUGCUGCACAUUUUUUCCACAUGGUGGAAUUAUUGCCACAGGGACAAGAGACGGCCAUGUCCAGUUCUGGACGGCACCCAGGGUCCUAUCGUCACUGAAGCACUUAUGUCGGAAAGCCCUCCGGAGUUUCCUUACAACUUACCAAGUCUUAGCACUGCCAAUACCCAAGAAAAUGAAAGAAUUUCUCACAUACAGGACCUUCUGAGCUAUGGCCCAGGGUGAUGCUCAAAAGACAAAAAGAGAACCUGGGUCCUUUUCUCUCCUAAUAACAGGAUUAACGUUUCUGGCAAAGGUGAAGCUGAAAACAAGAUGGGUUUAUAAGCUAUGAUUCCUCUUUGAAGCAGGAUUGUUUUGGACUGUAAGCAUUUAAUAGACUCCUGGUGAACUGGUCAUUGACCUUUCUAUCUAUAAUGUUCAAAAAUCAGUAAUAGAGGAGGCAGCAGUUCCAUCCCUGCGGCUACAGAGCUUUAGUUUAAAUUGUGUACUUAUUAACAGCACAGUUUAAUUCUCUUGGUGUCUUGAUUCAAAGUGCAGUUAAUAAUGUUGUUUUGCUUAUGAAAGUAACUGGGCCUCGAGUUCUCUUAUAGGGAUAAAGGAAAAGAAGCAUAAUCUCCCUCACAGGGAAAUCCGACUUCUGCCCAAUACUUGUCUCAGUUUAGUCCUUAAAAGCAGUGGUAGCUAAACAUUUAAAUUGUUCUCUUGCUCUUGGUUCAGAGUAUCAGGGACCAUGCCUUUGUUUAGCCAAGUGCAAAUACUUUUAAUUUAUAAAGUCAAGUUUGUCAUUGUUUUUCCUCUGCUUUUGACUUUGACAAAUAAGACAGAGCUUUAAUGGGGGUGGGGUGGGGGGUGGUCCUUGGGUGUGAAUCUUAGCUGAAUGAACCGGGCUAUUUAAAUCAAAGGGUGUGGUGUGGACCGAUGAAGACAUCAUAACUGGCUUUUAAAAUAACAUGCAUGUAAAGGAGGAAACACUGUAAGAUUACAGUUAAGGGUGCAUUUCUAACUGCAUGCCUCUUGUCCUUGCUACUGAUUUUUCAGUGGUUUACCAUUAACAACAUAUUUAUUUGUGCUUUCUGAGCAUAAGUUGUUUAAGGUACAAUUUUGUUUUUCUCAGUGGUAGAUGAAAACCAUAACAUAACCAGAAUAGCCAGCUGUACAUGGAACUUCAUAGCUGUAUGGAAGCAUCUGGUUUUUCAUUGUUUCAACUGGUAUUUUUAUAAUAUAUGUAUGAGAUCAGUCUUUGCUGCUUAACUCCAUUUCCAGUCCUGCCUCCCAAAUGAAAAUAACUUUUUAAAGUUCAGCUUUUUCCUUAAAUCAAUCAACAAACAUUUAUUAAGGGCCUGCUAUGUGCUAGGCACUCUGCUAAGUGCUGUGGAUACAAAAAGAGGAAAAAGCAAUUCCUGCCCUCAAGGAGUUUACAAUCUAAUCUAAUCCUUGGUUCAGAAUUCAGACAUUUCAAAAUGUAUUAUUUGCAUUUCUUUUUAAGGAAAUGACACAUUCUUUUCUUUAGACCCACCAUUUUACCCGUAUUCAUCAUUUUGGUAGAAUGCUGGUAUACUACUACGUUAAACUCUUUAGAACCCUUUCUUCAGAGGGAUGGAUUAUUAAUACCUAGUUUGGAGGAAAGAGAGCACACUCAUGUCAAGAGACCUGGGAUGAAAUUCUGCCCCUGAUGCUGUGUGGUCCAUGGGGCCUGGGGCUUAUUUCACCUACUGGGGUCUUGGUUUCCUCCUCUACCAAAGGAGAAGGCCUCUGAGAGCUUUCUGCUCCAGAUUUGUGACAUGGAAAAUGUGACUGCUGAGAGAGGGAAGUGAAGCCACAGCUUUAUUGUGUGGGGAAUCAUGGAAAAAGGUUUCUUACACAGGGGUGAUAUUUAUAUCGUGCCAUCCAAGGACCCAAGUAUAUCCAUCACUUCCCAAGAGGCCAGGCUUCAGUAUUUCACGGAGCUGUAUUGACCCUUGUGCAGCUUCACAGAGGGGCUGAAGAGAGAUCUCCAGGUUUAGCGCUUUCUGGCUGGGGAGCGGGGCUUCUGCCCUGCUCUAGUCACCUUCCUACUGUGAUGAGGUAUAAGAGGAAGUUAGGGGGCCACUUCCUGAAUAGUCCUAGUAAAAUGGGGAGCUCUCAUUUCAGACUGUCAUGAAAGGCUUUAUGGUCUUUACUGGGGAGCACGAAGUAGAACUGCCAUUUCCCCCUCCCCUGUGGCUUCUGAUGAAGAAUCACAGAAUUUCUUUUGGAUGACAAGAAAUUGAUUCUAUCUUCUAUCUAUCAAGACAGUUUAUGCUACCAAAGUUCACCAAGUUCUAAGACCCUUAUAUUAAGGACCCAAGUCAACAUCUACUAUUGACUUAAGGAGAGCAGGAAAAUUCAUAGGAGAACUUUUUUCAAUGAGUGAGCCAUCUAAUUUACUAAUUUCUUAUUGAGAUAAUAUGAAAUGCAGCGAAAUUAUCAUUGAAGCAGCAGUCUGAGCACGUAAGACUAAAAUUUAAAUGACUAAUAUUUCAGGUUCACAAAUGAUCUUCAUACAGCCACUGGUACCAUGGGGAAUCAUUUAAAGACCAGUUGUAUUUUAAAUUCUUUUCCUUCCUUUCUACACUACAAUUAGAAAGCUGCUUGUGACUUUUACAAUUCAAGGACGAGAAAUAAAAGUCAAAUUUUUUAAAGUGAAA